AUGUUGUCUUUCAGGUAUAGAGAGAAGGUGCCUUCCCAGUGUUUCACGAAUGCUGAGGCCAGGCCACCGUACCCCACCACCAUGAACGCGAAGCGGUGGGUAUUUGUGAGAAAUGGACUAGACGACUUCAGGACAGGCUGCCCUCCCUGCGAAGAAGGCAUGAUCCUUCGGGGCCUUGAGGAGAACAGACCUCCCCGACGUUCCAAGGAGCAGAAUGAGCUGCUCCAGGCAGUGAAGUUUUCCAAGCUCUCAGCAGCGCAGCUGGCACGGAAGGCUUUCGUGGCCGACAUUGAAGCCCAGCUGACCCCACACCCCCUGGCUCGGUUCCCAAACCUGAGAGAAGAUAUGCCGCCAGAGCUCCUAUUGAAGGUGCUGAAAGUGCUGGAUCCUGACAGGAAGCUGGCGGAUGCGUGGGCUCGUUGUGAAGGCAUCGAGCAAAAACCAAAGGAACCCGAAAAGCUGUUGAAAAAACGUCCCACCCAAGAGCACCCGGGACUUCUCAAGAAGACUCCUCAGCCACCUCCAGUGCAGUCACUUAAAAAAGCGAAGCCAAAGGAAAAGGAUUUGCUCCAUGAAGAUGCUCCAGAUCCUUAUGAAAGAGCACGUAAAGCAGUCAGUGACCUCUGCAACUGGGCUACUGAGAUUGGAUGUUCAAAGAUUGAUGAGGAGUACAUCAUGAAACAAUUUGAACUUGACUAUCAGUGCGAACCAAGCCAUGACCAGGUCCGCAUAGUGAACCUUGACCAGGUUCCCUCAGAACUGAAGAAGAAGUUGGGAAUCACGAAGAAGCAGCAGUCAACAUUUUUCCCGGAUCUAGGGCGGAAACCUCAGAAUUCUUCUAAACCAAAGUACGUGAAGAUGAGAUAUGGAGCAUGGUAUCUGAACCCCAAGCUGUGGAAAUGGCAACCAGCAGAUGAACCUUUGGUUGACCCCAAGCUCUUAUGUAAAGAUCAAGAUGAGAAUUUAAAAAAGAUGUUGCAGAAAGAGGAGGAGGAGUUUGCAAAACUUCACGGCCCCUUUGCCUUUAAGGAGUUCAUUCUAAGGAAGGGCUACAGGAUGCCAAGCUUCCUUGAGAAGAUAGAUAUCAAUAAGGGAUGUCAAUGUGGUUGCAAUAAGACUGCUGGAGAAUAA